UGUUCUCAGAAAGGGGACAUAGAGAAGGGCAGUGGGGAGGGGGAUCUAGAUUGUGGGUCUAACCCCUUUGCAGAGAGAAAGCCAGAGGAAGCUUGAAUGCAGCGGAGCAAGAGGGGAAGAGUAAGGGAGGUGGCACAUGGGUGUCAGUGGCAGGAGACUGGCAUUAUGAAAGCAAGUUCAUGCCAAGAAAGGAAAGAGAUGGUGUGAAGUAGGGAAGGGGUAAUAAGCAAAUGAGAAAGAGAGAGAGAGAGAGAGAAUCAAGCCAGAAGCGAGGUCAAAUAUGCUUGAAGUAAGGAGUGGAUCAGUGAAAGGAGAGGAAAGGGAGCUAGAACAGCAGGAAAGUAAGAGAGAGAAGAUGCCAUCUGAGAUUCAGAUAACGGCGUGAGCGAACUGAUAUUGAGAAGUGGGCAGAAUAGCUCAACAGCCAGAAACCAUUCUCUGGAGAGGGAGAGGGCAUCAGGGUGAAGUCCAGCUCAUGGCUCCUGACCUCAUGCUAGGAUCACUGUAGCUGCAAACCUGCCAUGAUGGAGAAGCUAUUGCCACCAACAGCAGGGGACAAUGAACCCAUUGCCAACGGCGGGGGGUGUCGGCACAAGGACUGCUGUGAGCGGGUGGUGAUAAAUGUUUCGGGCCUACGCUUCGAAACCCAAAUGAAGACCUUGCUCAGGUUCCCCGACACCCUACUAGGUGACCCACGGCGCCGUGUGCGAUACUAUGACCCACUGCGUGGUGAAUACUUCUUUGACCGCAACCGACCCUGCUUUGACUCCAUCUUGUAUUAUUACCAAUCGGGAGGGCGGCUCCGACGACCAGCCAACGUCCCCAUUGAUGUUUUCCUGGAGGAACUCAAGUUCUACCAGCUAGGGGAGGAGGCACUCACCAAAUUCCGCGAUGAUGAGGGCUUCAUUAAGGAAGAAGAGCAGCCCAUGCCUGAAAGGGAGUUUCUCAAGCAAGUGUGGCUGCUCUUUGAGCAUCCAGAGAGUUCCCAGGCUGCUCGCAUCAUCGCAAUAAUAUCAGUGAUGGUCAUCCUCAUCUCUAUUGUGAUCUUCUGCCUGGAGACCCUUCCUGAGUUUCGAGAUGAGAGGGACAUGUCGUUGCCGAUGGUUCAUCACCGUUUGAACAGCAGCAUAGUACAUCACCUGCCACCACAAAAGUCCCAUUCUGAAGACCCUUUCUUUAUCGUUGAGACCAUUUGCAUCUGCUGGUUCUCCUUUGAGCUCCUCGUGCGGUUCAUCGCCUGUCCCAGUAAGCCCGCCUUCUUCAAGAACGUCAUGAACAUGAUUGAUUUCGUGGCCAUCAUCCCCUACUUUGUAGCCCUUGGCACGGAAUUUGCCCGCCAGCGGGGCGUGGGCCAGCCUGCCAUGUCCUUGGCAAUCCUCAGGGUCAUCCGGUUGGUGAGGGUCUUCCGGAUCUUCAAGCUCUCCAGGCACUCCAAAGGCUUGCAGAUCCUAGGACAGACACUCAAGGCCAGCAUGAGGGAGCUUGGCUUGCUUAUCUUCUUCCUCUUCAUUGGAGUCAUCCUGUUCUCCAGCUCUGUCUACUUUGCAGAAGCUGACCACGAAGGCACAAGCUUCACCAGCAUCCCUGCGGCCUUCUGGUGGGCCGUGGUCAGCAUGACGACCGUGGGGUAUGGCGACAUGUACCCUGAGACUGUAGGUGGCAAAAUUGUAGGCUCCUUGUGUGCCAUCGCUGGAGUGCUCACCAUCUCCCUUCCGGUGCCUGUCAUUGUCUCCAACUUCAGCUAUUUCUACCACCGUGAGACAGAGUGCGAGGAGACAGGGCAGUACAUUCACAUAACCACCUGCCCAUACAGCCCACCGCCCUCCCCUGCCCCUGCCGCUAUCCGGGAGAAAGCCCACCUCAAGGAGAAUCAUCACCAUGGGGAUACCCCCCAUACUGUGCCCAAUUCGGAACUGCUAGAUGGCGUGGGGCCUAUGGGCAACUCGGAAAACCCCAGCAAACGUCUCGUAACCCAAGUGUGACCCACCUUACCUAUCCAAGUGACCGAUCCCCACACCCCGACCUGACUCAGCCCUGCACCUCAUUGUCUUAACUGGAAGGCUCUGCAAAAGCAAAACCCAAAAUACCAAUUAGCCCAAACGCCGGUCUCUGGUUUGGCUUUCGAACCCAAAGACAGUACACUGGGUACAGAGAGAACCUUUCGCAUCACUUUUAGAGAGGAGACUGGAGGAGAAAGACAGCUGUGGUUAAAUCUGGGAUGGGGCAAGUCACAGUGGGUUGCCGGUGGAGCACAUGGCAGGGCAGAAAAUAAGGGGGCAUCACGUGAACUCGGUCGCAAGGAGACAGCUAGACAAACAGACACACCCUUUUGCCCUGCUCCUUGCUUGGUUGGCUGAGGGCGCAGUCCGUCCAGGAAGAAACAGUCCCCCCCCCUACCCUCCUGUGCUCCUUUUUACUCCCCUCUCCCUCUGCCUUGUCACACGCCGCUACCCUUCUGUGAGUCAAAGAGGCCCUGGCAUGAAGAUGCCCCCAUGAAAUCACAGCAAUGCGUUCUUGGGUUACAUCUGUUGGAGCACACAGUGGAACAUACCCAGAGCGGCCCGGUCCCAAAUGGCAAGAGCAGGGGAUAAAUAAGGGAACGCCAUCAGCCACCCACUUCUGAAUCAGGGUAUCAUAGGGAACACUGUUAGCGCAUUGAGGGGGUGGGGACUGUAAAUACAUCUCCAGGAUACAACUGGCAGAAGCAAAGGAGUUGUCAGCAUCCAUCUUGCCCCUCUUUAUAGGAUCCCCUUUCAUUAGGUGGCUAUAUUUCAUUUUGCUGACAAUCCACAGUGAAAGGGAUGGGGGCAGACACAUGUUAAUUUCUUAGGCUACAACAAAGGUGUAAAUGCUUGCAUAACUUUUGUUUUGUUGUGAGCAAUAGCUCACUGGUAGAGCAUCUGCCUUGCAUGCAGAUCCUAUGAGAGCUCUCCCUUUUCUUCCAAGACUCAGCCCCAAGCCAUUCUUCCAUUAAUCACAAGGCGGUAAAUGCCAAGCCUGUCCUCUUCUUCUGCUUCUGUGUCCCUCCCAAGAGGGCAGUUGAGUGCAGCACAGCCAAACCUUUCCCCCCCAUCUCUAGGACUGACUCCCUACUGGCAGGGCAGCCUAGAUCAUGCUUCAGAUAUUGGUGAUAAUACCCAUGAAAGGGCAGCAGCUGAUCAGUUACCGAGUUCAUGGGUGGCCCUCUAGAUGCUUUUAAACUACAACUCCCAUCAGCCCCAGCUAGCACAGCCAAUGGGGCAGGGAGAACCACAUGGCAGCCACCCCAAUUGGAUAGCAUUAAAUGUUUACUGCCAUGGAAAGGGGGAGAGCAAAGAAUACUGCUUGAACAUUCUGCUUCUGGCACCAGAAUGUCUUAAGCUUAGAAUUCUGCCUCCCACUGAGUCAAACCAUUGGUUCAUCUAGCUCAGUACUAUCUGCCCUGGCUGGCAGUGGCUUUCCCAGGAAAUCUUACAUAACUAGCAGGUAGAAAUCUUCCCAGCCUUACUUUGAGACACCAGGGGUUGAAACUCGGACCUUCUGCAUUCAAAGCAGAUACUCUACCACUGAGCUACACCCUUCCCACCUGCAUAACUCCAGGAGGAUUGCCUUAUUGCUCCCUCUGAGUUGACCGUUCUUCCCAGCCCAGACACAAUUCUCUGGCAUCCUUGGGCAAAAAAAUCGCCUUCUGCUUCAGUUCACUCAUUUUCAAACCCACUCAAGCCAGAGCACAGCCCUCUUCCAACCCCAAUCUGGCUAGCUACAAAACACUUAGCCACGUGAACUCAGUUUGGUCUUCUGCCAGCUGAAGAGCACCCUUCACUCCCUCCAGGGAAUCUCUGCUCUGAUAAGUGAUGUCUCUUUCAAAGUUAACCCCUAUGAUCUAGCCUGAGAUAUUUGCACAGGAGGGGACAGUGAAGCGUUUCUCAAAAGUCUUAACCCAGCAAGUAUCCAGCAAACGAUCCCUACUCUCCCAGCCA